GAUUUUCUUCUUUUCACUCAUAGUUCUUUUACUAGGGAUUUUCGUAUUAUGUCAACACUUGUUGAAGUCAUUACAAAUCAAAUUAUUAUAGAGGCGGUUCUAUGUUCGACUUUUAAAAAAGUUAACUUUUUCUGUUUAUUCAAUUAUAAAAAGUAUAAGCUUAUUUUCUGGUGCAGAAGAUUUCUGGCGCAGAAGAUGUCUGGUGAUGUUCAAACAAGAAAACGGAAAGAAAAAAAACGUAAAAAGGAUGAAGAAGAUAAUAUUAUACCAUCACCUUCUCUGGGAAAUAUUAAUGAAAAUUUGACAGAUAAUGUAACUAUACAUAUUUAUAAAGAAAGUACCACAGGAGGACAUUGGUGUGCUCGAAUUAUAUUCUUUGUCAUUUUAAUAAUGCUUGUGGGUCUAAUUGGUAUAGUUAUCUUUGAGCAUAGGGGUACUACAGAUAUCAGUACUCCAUUAGAAUCUUCUCGUUGGGCUUUUAUAUUUGAAGGAUGGGUUGAUGACUCUGCAUUAUUAUCUAAUGAAGAAUCACAUGAUAAUGAACAAGAAACUAGAGAAAUAAAAAAGGAAACAAAAGAUGCUGAAGAUAAAAAAACUAUAGAAAUUAAAAUUUCUAAUGAAGAAGAAAUUCAAGAAGAUAAAAUAUCAAAUGAACAGACAGAGGAAGAAAAAGAAACAAUAGAUGAAAAUGAAUCAAAUGAAGAGCAAAAUAUUUUUCAAAGUAAAGAAGAAGAAUUAAACUAUGAAAAUGAAUUUGAAGACAGAGAACAACAAGAAGAUAUAUUGGGAGAAGAUAUUACACCAGAAGAAUUUGAUGAUAUUAAUGUGCUAGAAGAAAUAUAUAGUAUUAGUACAGAAAAAUUUUCAGAUGAAAAAAAUAUUUUAUAUGAAACAGAUAGUCAAUUUGAUAAAAUAAUAAAAAUGACAAGAAAUGAAGAUGAAAAAUUUGAAAAUUUUUUGGAUAUUCCUGGUAUUAAUGAAAUUAAUGAUGACAAUUUAGAACCUUUAGAAGAGGUAGAAAACAUAGAACCUGAAGAAUAUGUUAAUGAUAUAGAUGUAAAGCCAGAAAUAAAAGAAAUAGAAGAAGAAUCUGCUAAUGUGGCUAUGAAGUUUGGAGUUGGUGUGGCACUUAUUGUUGCUGCACAUUUUGUCCUUGUGAAACGGUGGAAUAAUGAAGUUAUCUUUGUUCAAAAUCAAUCAAAAUUAAUUUCAUCUGAGAAAAAAGAUGUGGAAAAAAAAUUAAUUCUGAAAAAUAAAUUGAUUAUUCAAGUAGAAGAAUAUAAAACAGAAGAACAAGAUAAAAGUAAAAAAAUAGAAACAAAAGAAUUUAAAGAAGAAAAAAGAAAAAUAGAAAUAAUAAAAGAACAGACUAGUUUAUGA